AAUCCGAGUCCGAGGGUCCCCCUGCACAACUUGCAAAAGAAGUGCAACACCAACCAUUCACCACCGAGGAGAGCCUAGUGAGCUGUUUAGAAUGCCGUCAGCAAGCCCUUAGCAAGACAAAACCCAGGACCAGUAUCUUGCCUUCACAUCUGUUUCCCCGGUGCAAUCAUCUAAACUAAGUGACGAUCGGGCGAGAACAAGCAAGUACUGUCGAUUCUCCUUUAAUAAAGAAACAGGACUCUUAAUUGCAAAAGUCAUACCAGGUCCUGCACAUGAACUGGCAAUAAGAUCAUUUGAUUUUUUGAUCUCUCUCGAACUGCGUGCCACGAAUGUCUACCAUGAGAUGAGGCCUUUUGGUUCAACAACAGUUACUAUUGGAGAUUGGACAAAGGAGGCAGACUCCUGCUGGGCUCCGGCUUCGACAGAUACAAGCCUGAGUUUUGUGGUGGAAAUAGGACUGUCUGCGCGACAAUUUGCUCUUGAUGCGCAUGGUUGGCUUGAGACUGGGUCUUCAUCUGUGAAACUCGUGGUCACAAUCGGAAUUAACCGCGACAACCCCGAGAUCAUAUUGCGCCGAUGGGAAAUUGCUCCUCGCGGAUACCGUGACCUUGCACGGUCGUCUCCUCCUUCAGCGCGUUGUACUGCAUUCCUCCAAGUAUCUCGAACAAACAACACGACAUCUGUUACUGGAGAGUCCGACAUGAAUGGCACAACUACGACUACCACACAGCUCAAUCUACCCUUCGAGAAAAUUAUUAACCGUGUCCCUCACCAUCCCUUAGAGAGAGACUUGGUGAUACCUCAGGAAGAGCUGAAAAGGUUCGCUGAGAAUAUAUGGACUGAGCAGAGACUUUUAUAAGUUAUCUCAAUUCUGACACAUUUGUUGGCUGAUAUGUUUAAUUGAAGUGAUACACUAAUAGGUCAAAAGUCUCUUUACACCGCCUGAAAAUGUUAAUUUCUUCAUGAAUUCUUGGUGUUUUGACUCCAUAUAAAGUGUGAUUGAUAACUAGGAUUAAUAUUUAGUAUACCAACCCUUUGCCUUAAUUACUGCCUGCAGUCGGCGUUGCAUUAACCUAAUUAGGCUAUUGAUAACCCCCUGAUUAACCUUCUCUUAAGAAUAAAUAAUUGCUUUAUAAAAUUAGGUCU